AGUUUUUGAUGAGGGGACAAAUUAGAAUAGCUGAAGAAUUGAAUUGGAAUUUUAUAGAUUUUUUUUUUUUUUGGAUCAAUCCUAGGUACCUAGGUACCUAAGGUACUGCUUUAUUCUACAGCGGUUUCCACCCGGCCACCGUACCUAAUCAGCACUUGAAUACACACUCACAGCAUAGCGCAUUACAACAUACAGCGCUCUGUAUAUACAAUAUACCUACAUCAAAGAUGUAUAUACUCGGUUUCGACGAGUGCGAUCGUUCUCUCUCUCUUUCUCUCUCUCUCCCUCUCUUUUUUCUUCUUUUUUUUUGUUCCCUCGGAUGACUGGAUGGUCCUACACCAAAUACUGUCUUAAAGAUCGUACGAUACACAUAUUGUGUGUCCUGUUGUGACUCCAGGGCGUUAUCCGCGUAUUAUAAUGCUUACUAGCUUGCCUCCUACAUCAUAAUGUGGAACGUCCCCAGCUGCUUGAUAUUUGCUUAUGUUGUAGGUAGUCCUAGGUAGGUUAUAUUCGCUACAUAUCCUUCAAGCCUGCUACCAUCCUGUUCUAAGCAAUUGUCGAGCUAUUCCACUUUCUAUCCUUAAAGAGUUUCUUCGACGGUUAUAUAGAAACUACUAUCGUGAUUCGUCAUGCCUCGUUAUACGUCUUCCUCAUCCUGUUCCCGAGAUAGUACUUCCACAAGCACAAUGCAGGGAAGUCAACGCACUCGGUUACAAGAACAUUCCGACAACAAAGAAGAUGUAUUAAAAUCAUCUCUAGUCUUCCUCGGUGCUAUUGGGGCAGCCUCUCUAGCAGCUUCCAAGCUUUGGCCUAAAGGUAUACUUUACGGCGAAAAGGAAUCUUGGGCACAAGAGGCCAAAAAAAAGGUCAAACAUGCCAUGGGCGAAGAUGAACCAAACCACAGACAAGAUUGGAGAAGAACACAGAGCGCUGGCCGUGCUUACGCGGACCAAAGACGCCAACGACCGCCUAUAACUGAAACAGAAGACGGGAUAAUGAUUACGAGACCCGGCCACCGCAGUAUGUACGUGGAUACUGGUCGGAUUCGACAAUAUCAUGAAGCGGACAAUGAUCGUGGUAGGCAACGUCUUCGAACCUCCGAGACAGCAGGAGAUUCAGCGAUGCGCCGAGGACAUUAAUAGAAUUCCGGGCUUCAUAUUCGGAUGGAUUCAGGGACUAUCAGUAUCACGGUAGUUAGCGGUAUUUGGGAAGGGGAGGGAUGGGAUGAAUAGAUACCUAGGCUAAUGUGUAUCACGAUGAAUAACAUUAGCUUCUUCAUAGAUGUGAGUAAUAAUGAGCAGCAGCAUUAUGAAAGCGAACAGAGGAUAUCACAAAGAAAGUUAUUCCAUCUGGUCUAAUUCCUCAUCCUGUUUCUUUUUUGAUUUAUAAUACAUGAUACCUUAUAUCCGGAUAUAUUCACCUUCGACGGAGUUUUAUUACGCGGUACGUAGCGUACAGUGUACCU